GAAAAAAGAGAGACGGAGCGAGGACAAGGAUGCAGGCCGGUAAGGAGCGUGACGGCGGGGAGGCCGGAGGAGAUGGAGGUCCGGUGGAGAAAAAGGCAAGAGAUCAGCAGGGAAGGUCGGCCAGCUCGUUGAGCGCUGAGCAGGGGGCAUCGAGCAGGAGGAUGGCAGCUACGAGGGACCUGUGGGGAAGUAAUUGUUUGGACGGAACCGGCGCGGCAGCCGAGACAACGCAGCAGCGGGCAACCGUGAGAGCAGUCGCUAUAGAGAUUGCUAAUGUGUCGUCAUCAUGAUGUAUUACCAGUGGUGAACGCAAAGCAUUUUGGUUUCAAUCUUUUAGAUGCUACGGGCUCCUAAAUAUGAUCAUUCUACAAUUUAAAAGAUUGAAAACCCCUGAAAGAAAAUGAAAAUGCUGUAGUCUCAUACUCACUGGUUUGCAGGCAAACCUGCCUAUGAAAUGUUGGAGUGUGAUCCUGACUGGGCCCCUUCUCUGUACCUCGGCCAUACUGAGGUCAAAGCUACAAACACAGACUGGUUCAAGCGGUUUAGGAGAAGAGCGACGAGGUCACAACAACAGCAACCCCCAUCGCCAGGCACUGACCACACUGGUCCUGAGGCUGAGUUGGAUAAUGCAGCACCUUUAUACCCAGACAACACUACACCUGCAACUGAGAUGGAAGGUCCCGUGAAUCAAAGCUUUAUGCCACUUCUGCCAGGCACUGUUCACACCGGUCAUGAGACAGAGUUGAAUGAAGCAGCACAUUUAUUCCCAGACUACUCUGCACCUGUGGCUGAGAUGGAAGGACAAGAGACUCAGCCCUUACCACCAGCCCCAGACAAUGCAGGGAGAGAGGAAGAUACGGAAACUGAAACAUCAGGGGAUGAUGGUGCUGCAAUGGGGAAUGCAGAUGAACAGCAGAAGUGCACCAUGUGUGGCCUCAGACUCCAAGAAAUAAUCCGCUUGCAGGAGGAGAAUCGAAAACUGAAGGGAGAGCUCUCCAAGAAGGCCCUGGAUGAGAAUUUUCUCAAAGACAAUGAUUCAAAGGUGAAGUACUACACUGGCCUUCCAUCUUUCAGUCUAUUGAUGGGUGUGCUGAUGCAAAUCAUUCCCAGUCUACCAAAAACAAAAGAGAACUCUCCCAUUUUCAAAUACUCCUCCUGACCCUUAUGCACUUAAGACUUGAGCUACCUGUUGAACAUGUUGCACCUCUUUGACAUUAGCCGACAAACCGCAUCCAAUCUGUUCAUUGAGACCAUCAAUGUACUGCAUGCACACCUCAGCCCUUUGGUGUACUGGCCAAAGCAACAUUGUAUACAGGCAAGCAUGCCACAUCAGUACGUAGAGAUGUUUGGGAAUCAUUACUGUUAUUAUUGACUGCUUUGAGCUUUUCAUUGAAAGGGCACAAAAUCUACGUGCAAAAGCAGACAUAUUCAAACUACAAAAGCAGGCACAGAAUGAAAUAUCUCAUUGGCACAACACCACAAGGUACUAUUUCUUUGUGCCAGUGAUAAGCAGAUCACCGAGAACUGUGGCUUUCUUCAGAAGCUCUCGCCUGGAGACGUAGUGUUAGCGGACCGUGGAUUUGAUAUUAAAGAAAGUGUUGCCCUUGUGGGUGCUACACUGAGAAUACCUGCCUUCACCAGG